UCUUGCUGAGCAGAGCAAAGAAGAAGUGGAGAAGAAGAUCGGAAGCAGGAGAAGGAGCGGGAGUACCAUACGAUUUCGGAGCUUCGCAGAUUUCUUUCUCUUCGAUCAUAUAGAGUCGAGAAGCCCCAGGCAUUCGUAUCUCAUUUCUCUCGCUCUCUCUGUCUGUGACGAUUGAGUUGUUCCAGGCUUCUUUAACUCCAAGGGAAGCCAUUAAUUGGAGCUCUGAGGUUCUGUUGAGGAAACCACAACUGAUGGAGCCAACAAACAGCUCAAGCAGCGGUGCCGCCCUUACCCCAGGGUACAACACCGCCAUUACCAUCUCCCCUGAACCCACUUCUCCACGGCAAGAGGAUAUCAGCACCUUGACUUGCUUAACUUUCAACUAUAAGGAGAUGGCUGAGAGGUACCAUUCGUACCUUCGGGAGGCAGCCAUGGAGGUUGCUGCUCUGCGGGAAGAAAAUGCGAUGCUUCGAGAGGCAAACGCGGAUCUCACUCGAAGGCUCAGCAUGUUCAACAGCUCGUUGUGGAGUCAAGGAUACUUCGCUUAUCGCGCCCUCUCUUCUAUUCCUUUUCUCGCUGAAUUCCAGCGGCUCAACAUCGAAGAUGACACAUUGGGAGAAGGGCUUCCUGACAACAGUCCAACGAGCGUGCUAAGCUUCGAGGAACCUCCCGCCAUUGAUAAUUCAGUGGGCAUGGUCGCGGCGGUGAUGUCAACGGGGACGAGCAGCACGGGCCGCAUUGCGCUUCCGAAAAGCAUAGCUAUUCGAUCAGCAGGGUUCUUGAAAAUGAGCCAGCCAGGCAGGAGCGGGAGAAUCUCGAAUCACCCGAGCCGAGUCCGACUCUCCAGUCCUGUUUCUGGAAUGAGGGUUCGCGUUUUGAGCGGGAAAGAGGAGGAGUCUGAGGUAGAGGUGGAGGCAUUCAAGCAGGGGAUGUUGAAGACGGAGCUGUGCAACAAGUGGCAGCAGACCGGGGAAUGCCCCUACAGCGACCACUGCCAAUUCGCACACGGCAUCCAGGAACUUCGACCCGUCAUCCGCCACCCUCGCUACAAAACGGAGCUCUGCAAGAUGGUGGUUGCCGGAGAGACCUGUCGAUAUGGCCAUCGCUGCCACUUCCGUCACGCUCUCACCGAGGAGGAGAGACUCUCUGCUACCCGUCCCCAGUGAUUCUUUUUCCCCUGAAUAAAGCAUCGCCUCUAUA